UCAGCGGGUAGCGCAGCCGAAGAGCCUGCCGUGGCUUUGACCAGAAGUGGCAAACGGCUCGCGCAGUCGUCCGCCACAGAAAACGCAGUGCGUAUAUACGAGCAGCGGCUGAGUGGCACCCGGAUCCAGCCGGCAUGCAGCUCUCCGAGGAUGCGGUCGCGGAGCUCCGCGAGGCAUUCGCGCUCUUCGACAAGGAUGGCGACGGCGCCAUCAGCACCAAGGAACUGGGCACCGUGAUGCGCUCCCUCGGCCAGAACCCGACCGAGGCCGAACUAAGCGAAAUCAUCGCGGAACUGGACGUCGAUGGAAACGGCACCGUCGACUUCCCGGAGUUCCUUGCCCUGAUGUCCAAAAAGGUGCGCACCACGGACACCGAGGAAGAGAUUCGGGAGGCUUUCAGGGUUUUCGACAGAGACGGGAAAGGCUUCAUCGUGGCAGCAGAGCUCCGUCACGUCAUGACGACUCUUGGAGAGAAGCUUACAAACGAAGAAGUUGAUGCGAUGAUACGGGAAGCUGAUGUGGAUGGAGAUGGCCAAAUUAACUACGAGGAGUUCGUAACGCUCAUGACUUCAGGCUAAACAUCAAAAUCUCCGUGCGUUUCUUCACUCAUUGCUGUGCCGUGGCCAUAAGAAAAGUGAACAGCGCUUAAUUAAACAAUGUUGAAACGGG